AUGGGCUUGAGACAGAAUCCCAUACCUCGAGCCAAGGGCAUUUUAGGGCGACUCUGGCCCCGGGUUCCUGGCCGGCCACGUCUAGGAGUCAUGGAGCAGCCCAGGACAAAGCAGUUCGUGAUGUUCUCUGUUGAGGGCAAGCCAGACACUCCGAAGUGCAUGACCAUCAUGUUCUGGCCGAUCCUUAAGCAGGUCCCGAUGCGCGUCAACGAGCCCAUGCUGAUUUGGAAGCGACUGUUCAAGACGAGCUUGCGCAAGCUGUCCAAAAAGACCCAAGCCCGCCAGCUCCGAAACCCCCGCCCUGCUCUCAAUCCGCCUCUUGGUACUGCCACUCCGGCCAUUUCAGCAACCCAGGUUGUCCGCCCGCUCUGCGACUAUCUCCAUUGCCAGUCGUCCGGACCGCAGCAACAUCUGCGAGACAGAACAGGCAAAUCCAUCGUUGGUGACUCAUUCCACGUUCCCGUCCUCCGUUGGCCAACUAGGUACCUGCCCACCUACCUUACCACCGGGUGCUUUGCUCCAGCCAUCGGCAGGCCGAAACUCAAUUUGGCGCUUGCCUUGCUCGACUCGCAGCCGCUGGACAUUAACGGCGCAACCUCCCCCGACGGCCACCUCAUUGCCUUACGUCGCUUUCUUUCUCACAUCCCCUUAUCAUCUCUUCUUCCUGUUUAUUUUCACCUACCCGAGCUGACAGAUCCCCUGCACGCUGUUCUCCCCUCUCACCCUCCGAGUGCGCCCGCAGUGACGGCAGCCCCAGAGACAAUCGUGGAAAGUCGCACAAACAAAGAGCGAUCGGCAGGGAUCGCGGUGCACUGCAAAUCCGAGCCGGCUUCCGACCCCGAUCUUAGCCUAGCCACCAUCCAUCUCCAGUUUCUCUCAUCAACACUUACCCAGGCCGCAUUUCCCGCGGAGGAACCCUUUCGUCUACAAAGCUCCACUGCCCCAACCGGCGGCGCUCCUUCCAUUGUACCACACGCUCGGGACGUUUCGAACCGCUACGCUCAGAGUGUUCAACCCUUGCUCCAGAAGCAAACACAUCGCCAUUAA